AUGAUACUGGCCAAGAAUCUUCUCGACACCACGCGCAAGGGAAAGUAUGGGUUUUUGAAACCCCGGGGUCUCCAGAAUAAAGUGUCAUGGAACUAUUUCACUGCGCUAUACAACCGCGUAAACACCCUUCCAGCUCCUGGGUCAUCCAGUUGUGCAAUCUCUGAGAACAGUGAUGUCUCCAGUGUCUCGUCGCCUUCAGACACGUCGGGGUCAGACACAUCAGUCGCAAACGUUCUGCCAGUCAAAGCUCCUGGAAUUCACGUCUAUGUUCCAAUCCGCACACAGACACUCAUCCUCACACGAAUUCAGGCUAUCUUGGAACAUGCCUGCUUUAGUUUCGCUCAAGAGGCUAUGCCAGACAUCCUCGAAGAGACGAAGUGGUCCUGCCCAGAAGCAGGAGAGCUAAAUGCUUGGGCAUACCACUUUAAGAAGCACUGGGAAGUCCUCCAACAGCUCAGCCGUUGCCAAGGGAUUGGACUUGUCCUCACCUCUUUUCUCUACUCAGUCAAGCAGAUUCGAAAUAUUGCUGUUCACCGACAGCCCAUCACAGUGGACUACCUGCUUAUGCUGAUGAGUCAUGCCGUCAACUUCUGUAUUUGCCUUGAUGUCCCAAAAGGCUUGGAUAUGAUCCGAAAGAUUCGAAAUUCUGUGGACACUCAAAUCCAGAAGCUUGAGGACUGCAAAAAGAACAUCGAGCACGGACUCAGCACGGCUAGUCAAGAGACCUCCAUGACACGCUUGGAACUCUGGGCAUGUGAGCAGCAAGAAAUGCAAGUAUCUUGCGAGAAGUUUGAGAAGAAGAGAAGGGCCAUCUUUAAGAAGGUCGAAAACUUGCUCCUCUCUACGGAGGUGACGUGCUUUACCUUGGAAGACGACGAGGAUGAAGAUGAAGAAGACGAUGACGAAGAGUAUUGA